AUGUCUUUCUCAAACCCCCGCAGAAGGACACCGGUGACUCGUCCCGGAACCGACUGCGAACAUGGCCUGUCUCUUAAGACUACCAUGACCCUCCGCAAGGGUGCCACCUUUCACUCUCCUACAUCUCCCAGCGCUUCAUCCGCGGUCAACGACUUCGUCCCUCCUACUCUCACGAGGUCUCAAUCGGCUUUUGAUGAUGUCGUUGACGCAAGCCGUCGUCGUAUUGCCAUGACUCUGAACGAUAUCGACGAGGCCCUCUCCAAAGCCUCGCUCUCCGACAAGAGCCCUCGGCCGAAGCCGCUUCGCGACACCAGCUUGCCUGUCCCUCGCGGCUUCCUCGAACCUCCCGUCGUCGAUCCCGCCAUGAACAAACAAGAGCCUGAGCGAAGGGUCCUGCGCCCUCGCUCCGUUCGACGCACCAGAAACCACGCCUCUGACAGCGGCAUUGGCAGCUCAGUCGUCUCGACAAACGACAAGUCUGGUGCCGCCGACUCCACAAAGAAGCCCCAGGCCUCCGCCCUGACAAGGUCGGCCGCCUCGAGCACCACCGCGAUGCUUCCCAGCCUCAGCCACCGUGCGGUCAACCGCAUCCGCGAACACACUCUCCGCCCUCUGCUGGAGAAGCCCACGUUGAAGGAGUUCCAGCCCAUCGUCCUGGAUGUUCCUCGGCGCAUUCGAUCCAAGGAGAUCAUCUGCUUGCGAGAUCUCGAGAAGACCCUGAUUUUCAUGGCACCGGAAAAGGCCAAGUCCGCCGCCUUAUACCUUGAUUUCUGCCUCACGUCCGUCCGAUGCAUUCAAGCGACAGUCGAAUAUCUCACCGACCGCGAACAAAUUCGCCCCGGCGACCGGCCUUACACUAACGGAUACUUUAUCGACCUGAAGGAGCAAAUCUACCAGUACGGCAAGCAACUGGCCGCCAUCAAGGAAAAGGGAAGCCUUGCCGACGAUAUGGACAUUGACCCAUCUGACGAGGUUCGCCUCUACGGCGGCGUCGCCGAGAACGGCCGUCCUGCCGAGCUCGUCCGCGUCAAGAAGGACGGCACUGCCUACUCAAUGGCCACCGGAAAGAUUGUCGACAUGACCGAAUCCCCUACGCCACUCAAGCGCUCCCUGAGCGAGCAGCGUGAGGACGAGGAGGAGAUCAUGCGGUCCAUGGCCCGCCGGAAGAAGAAUGCCACGCCCGAGGAGCUGGCGCCCAAGAAGUGCCGCGAGCCCGGCUGCACCAAGGAGUUCAAGCGCCCCUGCGACCUCACCAAGCACGAGAAGACUCACUCUCGUCCCUGGAAGUGCCCUAUUCCCACUUGCAAGUAUCACGACUACGGCUGGCCCACCGAGAAGGAAAUGGACCGCCACAUCAACGACAAGCACUCGGACGCCCCUGCCAUGUACGAAUGCCUCUUCAAGCCUUGCCCGUACAAGUCGAAGCGUGAGUCGAAUUGCAAGCAGCACAUGGAGAAGGCUCACGGCUGGACCUAUAUCCGCACCAAGACCAACGGCAAGAAGGCCCCCAGCCAGAACGGCUCCAUUGCCCAGCAGACUCCUCCUCUCGGCAACGUGUCUACGCCUUCCACCACGCCCAGCUACAGCGUGCCCACGCCUCCCCAGGACCAGGUCAUGUCCACCGACUUCCCCGUGUACCCGGCUGAUGACGAUUGGCUCGCAACUUACGGCGCGCAGCCCAACACCAUUGACGCCAUGGACUUGGGUCUCGAGAACCUUUCCCCCGCCUCUGCAACGUCCUCGUACGAGCAGUACCCUCCCUACCAGAACGGUUCCACCUUCAUCAUCAAUGACGAGGACAUCUACGCCGCUCAUGUUCAGAUUCCCGCCCAGCUCCCCACUCCUGAACAGGUGUACACCAAGAUGAUGCCUCAGCAGAUGCCGGUCUACCAUGUCCAGCAUGAGCCAUGCCAGACCGUUCCUGUCAUGGGCGAGCCCCAGUUCUCCCCCAAUGCUCAACAGAAUGCCGUACUGUACACUCCGACCUCGCUGCGUGAGGUCGACGAAGGUUUUGACGAGUCGUACACCGCCGACGGCGCCGACUUUCAGCUGUUCCCGGCGACGGUAGACAAGACGGAUGUUUUCCAGUCCCUCUUCACCGAUAUGCCAAGUGCCAACCUCGGCUUCUCCCAAACCACACAGCCCGACAUCUUCAACCAGAUAGAUUGGAGCAACCUCGACUACCAGGGGUUUGAAAACUAA